AUGGGAGAGAGGAACCAGACCAGCAGCUUUGAGUUCCUCCUCUGGGGACUCUCAGAUCAUCCAGAACAACAGCGCAUCCUCUUCCCAGUGUUCCUGUGGAUGUACUUGGUCACUGUGACUGGAAACCUGCUCAUCAUCCUGGCCAUUGCCACCGACGCCCAUCUCCACACUCCCAUGUACUUCUUCCUUGCCAGCCUGUCCAGUACAGAAAUCCUUUUCGUUACCACCACUGUGCCCAAGGUUCUUGUGAACAUCCAGACCCAGAGCAGGUCCAUUUCAUAUUCAGGAUGCCUGACCCAGCUCUACUUCUUCUUGACCUUUGGGAAUAUGGACAUCUAUCUCUUGGCCACAAUGGCUUAUGACCGCUACGUGGCCAUCUGCCACCCUCUCCACUACACGAUGAUCAUGAGUCCCCGCCGCUGCACCAUCUUGAUCACUGUCUGCUGGAUCCUUACAAAUCUUGUUGCCAUGACCCACACUUUCCUCACACUGCGACUUUCCUUCUGCUCUAAUAGAAUGAUUUCUGACUUUUUCUGUGAUCUGGAACCCUUGAUAAAGUUGGCUUGCUCUGACACUAGGAUCAAUUACCUUGUACUCCUGUUGGUUGGGGGAAUAGACAUUUUAGUCCCCUUGACACUUGUCCUGAUCUCUUAUAUCCGCAUUGUUAUAGCUAUUCUGAGGCUCCCCUCUGCCCAGGGGAGGCGCAAGGCCUUCUCUACCUGUGGGUCCCAUCUUGCUGUUGUCUCCCUGUUCUUUGGAACAGUCAUCAGGGCUUAUCUGUGCCCCUCCUCUUCCUCCUCCUCCAACUCACUAGAAAAGAAUACAGCAGCUGUUGUGAUGUACACAGUGGUGACUCCCCUGCUAAACCCCUUCAUUUACAGCCUGCGGAACAAGGACAUGAAGGGAGCUCUGGGGAAGCUUUUCAGGGGAAAAGUCUUCUUUUUGAGAGGCCAGUAA